AUGAGAACAUGGAUGGAACUAGAGAUAAGAUUGGCGAAAAAUAAGACAAUCGAUAAACAAAAUCAAAAUCAAAUAAAUAAAGAAAAAGAACAUUGGAGAAAUGUGCUAAAAAGAAUUAUUGCCCUUGUAAAGAGUCUUGGGACACAUAAUUUAGCAUUCCGUGGGACAAAUGAACAAUUGUAUAAAGAAAACAAUGGUUUAUUUUUAGCCGGUAUUGAGAUGAUUGCAGAAUUUGACCCGAUAAUGCAAGAACAUGUUAGACGCAUACAAAAUAAAGAAAUUCAUAAUCAUUAUCUUGGACCCAGAAUGCAAAAUGAACUAAUACAGUUAUUAUCAAAUGAGGAACUUAAUAGAAUAGGACUUAAUGUGGAUGACAUUAGAGGUCAAGGUUAUAAUAAUGGUUCAAAUAUGAAAGGAAAAUAUAAGGGAGUACAAAAACGAUUGUUAGAAGUUAAUCCUAGAGCCUUUUAUGCUCCAUGUGGUUGUCAUAGUUUAAAUUUAGUUAUUUGUAAAAACUUACAAUCAAAAGAUAUGUGUAUUGAUGUUGCUAUAAAACAACUAGAUGGACUUAUUAUUUAUUUUAAAAAGUUUAGGGAUGAAGGAUUUGAAAAUGCUAUGAUUGAGGCUAAAGAACUUGCUUUAAAGAUGGGCAUUGAAUCUAGUUUUCGUGAAAAACGUGUUAUUCCUCGAAAUAGAAGAUUUGAUGAAAAUGUUGAUAAUGAGACUUUGAAAACUCCUAUUGAUUGUUUUAGAACGGAUUACUUUUUAUACAUAGUAGAUCAAGCUAGUGUUUCACUCGAAAGUAGAUUUGCUCAGUUUAAAGAGUUCGACCAAAUUUUUGAUUUAUUUGAAGAACUAAAAAUGCUAAGAGAAAUUAUACAUGUAGAAUCUGACACCCUUACUAAUAUAUUAACUUAUAUUAAAAACUUUAAUUCUUUUCCAAAUGCAUAUAUCGCCUAUAGAAUUGUGUUAACCAUUCCUGUAACCGUUGCUACCGCAGAACGUAGCUUUUCCAAAUUAAAACUAAUAAAAAAUUACUUAAGAUCUACAAUGUCAUAA